AUGGUCUACUGUGGUCUGGUUCCAGAACAUUCCAUCGUGCCUGAAACUGCCAACAAAAUCUAUGUGUACAUUUACUCGAUUGGACCCCUGGAAGAUUACUACCAUUUCUAUCACAGCAAAACCUUUAAACGUUCAACCGUGAGUAGCAGAGGCCCCCACACUUUGCUCAGGAUGGACCCCCAGGUGAAAUGGCUCCAGCAACAAGAAGUGAAGCGCAGGGUAAAGAGGCAGGUGCCCAGAGACUCACAGUCCCUUUAUUUCAACGACCCCAUUUGGUCCAACAUGUGGUACCUGCAUUGCGGGGACAGGCACGGGCGCUGCCGGUCAGAGAUGAACGUCCAGGCGGCGUGGAAGCGGGGCUACACGGGCAAGAAUGUCGUGGUGACCAUCCUGGACGAUGGCAUCGAGAGGAAUCACCCGGACCUGGCCCCGAACUAUGAUCCUUCUGCAAGCUAUGAUGUCAAUGGAAAUGACUACGACCCAUCGCCCCGCUAUGAUGCCAGCAACGAGAACAAACAUGGCACUCGUUGUGCGGGAGAAGUCGCUGCCUCAGCCAACAACUCUUACUGCAUCGUGGGCAUAGCAUAUAAUGCUAAAAUAGGAGGCAUCCGCAUGCUGGAUGGCGAUGUCACCGACGUGGUGGAAGCCAAGUCACUGGGCAUCAAACCCAACUACAUCGACAUCUACAGCUCCAGCUGGGGGCCGGAUGACGACGGGAAGACGGUGGACGGGCCCGGCCGACUGGCCAAACAGGCUUUCGAGUAUGGCAUUAAAAAGGGCCGGCAGGGCUUGGGUUCCAUUUUUGUCUGGGCCUCCGGGAACGGCGGGAGAGAGGGCGACCAUUGUUCCUGCGACGGCUAUACCAACAGCAUCUACACCAUCUCGGUGAGCAGCACCACGGAGAACGGCCACAAGCCCUGGUACCUGGAAGAGUGCGCGUCCACCCUGGCCACCACCUACAGCAGCGGCGCCUUCUACGAGCGCAAAAUCGUCACCACUGAUCUGCGGCAGCGCUGCACCGACGGCCACACCGGGACGUCCGUCUCGGCCCCCAUGGUGGCAGGCAUGCUAGCCUUGGCUCUAGAAGCAAACAGCCAGCUCACCUGGAGGGAUGUCCAGCACCUGCUGGUGAAGACAUCCAGGCCGGCACACCUGAAGGCAAACGACUGGAAGAUCAACGGCGCCGGGCGUAAAGUUAGCCAUCUCUAUGGAUUUGGCUUGGUGGAUGCAGACGCUCUGGUGGUGGAGGCGAAGAAGUGGACAGCAGUCCCGGCCCAGCACACGUGCGUGGCCACCACGGACAAGAGGCUCAGGAGCAUCCCCAUAGGCCACGUGCUGAGGACCCCGGCCCUGACCAACGCCUGCGCCGACCACUCGGACCAGCGCGUGGUCUACCUGGAGCACGUGGUGGCCCGCAUCUCCAUCUUGCAUCCGCGCCGGGGAGACCUCCAGAUCCACCUGACCUCUCCCUCGGGGACCAGGUCGCAACUUCUGGCCAAGAGAUUGCUGGACUUUUCCAGUGAGGGCUUUACAAACUGGGAAUUCAUGACCGUCCACUGCUGGGGAGAGAAGGCGGAAGGCGAAUGGACCUUGGAAAUCCAAGACCUGCCCUCCCAGGUCCGCAACCCGGACAAACAAGGAAAGCUGAAGGAGUGGAGCCUCAUCCUGUACGGCACGGCCGAGCACCCCCACCGCACCUUCAGCUCCCACCAGUCCCGCUCCCGGAUGCUAGAGCUCUCAGCCGUGGAGACGGCGCCCCCCAUGGCCGCUGGCCCAUCCAUCCAGGCUGAGCUGCCCGAGGAUGAGGAAGAUUACAUAGCUCCUCACAACCAAGGCUCUCCUAAUAUUUUACAAACCAGCCGUUCUGAUGGCAGAAUCGCUUGGCCCCACCCCCAGCACGGCCUGGAUGGAACGGUUGUGGUAGGAGGAAUCACCCGUGAGCAGCAGAAACUUCAGUCUACUGUGGAAAAACAGGACUCCAAAGGGCAGGGUGAGUGCCAUCCGGAAUGUGGUACCAAAGGCUGCGAUGGUCCCAAUGCUGACCAGUGCUUGAACUGUGUCCACUUCAGCCUGGGGAACUCCAAGACUGGCAGGAAGUGUGUGAGCGAGUGUCCCUUGGGCUAUUUUGGGGACCCCGCAGCACGACGGUGCCGCCGAUGCCACAGGGGCUGUGACACGUGCUCGGGCCGCAGCCAGACUCAGUGCCUGUCCUGUCGGCGUGGCUUCUAUUACCACCAGGAGACCAACACCUGCGUGACCCAGUGUCCCGCUGGAUUCUAUGUGGAUGAGAGUCAGAAAAACUGCCUUAACUGCCACCCAAGUUGUAAAAAGUGUGUGGACAAACCAGAGCUGUGUACUGACUGUAAGGAAGGAUUCAGCCUUGCCCGGGGUAGCUGCAUUCCAAACUGUGAACCCGGAACCUACUUCGACUCGGAGCUGAUCCGAUGUGGGCCGUGCCAUCAGACCUGCCGAACCUGCGUGGGGCCCAGCAGAGACGAAUGCAUCCACUGUGCCCAAAACUUAUACUUCCAAGACUGGAAGUGUGUGCCCGACUGUGGCGAGGGCUUCUAUGCGGAGGAGACUCCCGGCGUGCCCCACAGAGUGUGCCAAAGGUGUGAGGAGAACUGCGCCAGCUGCAAGGAUUCCAGCAGGAACUGCAUCCGGUGUAAGGCGGGCUUCACCCAGCUGGGGAGCUCGUGCAUCACCAAUCACACCUGCAGCAACGCUGAUGAGACCUUCUGCGAGAUGGUGAAGUCCAACCGGCUCUGCGAGCGGAAGCUCUUCAUCCAGUUCUGCUGCCGCACCUGCCUCCUGGCGGGGUAGGGGUGCCGCCGGCUGCCGGUCACCUACCCAUCCGUCCACCGUCCUCUAGACUGUCGGCCAGAAUCUUGUUCCAGGGGCGAUCCCCUGCACCUGACAGCUUUAUCUCCCCACGAGCCGGGCACUCCCACACAUCCCCGGGGGGGACAACCAAGUGGCUGGUGGUUCGGGACAUGGGGUUUCCAGGCUCUGGCAAAACUUUCCAACAAAGGAACAAACAUGAAAUCCAAGAAUCCACAGCUUUGGAACAGCUUCUAGGACCCUAAGUUUACUGAAUCUUCAAGACCAAAGCGGAAGGAACGAUGCUGUGCCAGCGGUCCGGCCAGCGGGACGGGGGGGGGCACCCAGGCACCCUGGGGUGAGCGUGGUGACCGCUCCACCACCUCCCCUGGGCAUCGCUUGCUCUCGGGCGGCCCAGAGGACGCUUGGAUGGGACAGUUCAACGAAAUGGGCUUCAGGGCAGAAGUCAGAUGACCACUGGGGCUGGAACCCAUUUCUGCAGAGUCAGCUCCUCUGUGGCCAAGAAGGUGCCAGGCCAACACUGGAUGCAGCGUUGGGGCCUCUCUGGGUACGAUCCUUCUCACGGUGCAGACUGGGUUUUCCCGGUGUCUCAGGCCUGGAUAACCACCUCUACCUGAUUCACAAGCUUCUGAGGAGAGUCCCCGGGAGGCCAGUCGGAAGAUUCCCCGGAUGACCGGCCAAGCAACGCCCUCUCAACGAAACAGAAAACCAGCCUAGGCAGCGCUAGGUCACGCCUCCCUGUGCAGCGAAUGGAAUGCAUCUGCGAGUUCACCUGGCUCCAUGCUCAGGAGAUUCGAACUCCAGCUGGACGCUCCUGUGUCUGCGUAUAGCGAGAAGCCGACGACGACACAGCAAGAUCGAUUUCUGCCAAACCUGUGUAGGCAUUUUAUAAGCUACAUGUUCUAAUUUUUACUGACAAAUAUCUCAUAUAUUUUCAUUGAAAUGCACAGAUCUGCUUGAUCCCCACCCCCACCUCAAAUAUGGGAAUAACAUUUGCCUUAAAUCUUUGCGACCUCGUUUCUCGAUGUUGUGUUGUCCCGCUUUCUUCUUUGACGACAACGUAUUAGCCUCCUCGUCAUCAUCUUCGUCGUUGUCGCCUAUGAGCUGGCAGCGAAGCCGGCUGCGGUCUGUUGAACCCACGACAACCCCCCCCCCCGCCCCAAACAAAAGGAAUCAGAGACACAAAUUCUAUGUUAAUCCUAAAUUAAUAAAAGCCUUUAACUUCCUAUAGCA